AUGAAAUAAAUGUUCUUUUGUGAAAAUACAGAAGAAUAUGUAUUUAAAUAAGGAGACUAAGCUUCUUCUUAUUUUAUUAUUAAUGAAGGAGAAGUAUAAAUAGAAAUUAAUGAUUAAUUUGUUAGAAAACUUAAUAAAGGUGAAGGAUUUGGAGAAUUAGCUUUAUUAUAUAAUGCACCAAGAAGUGCAUCUAUAAAAUGUAUAGGAAAAUGUACUUUUUGGGGUAUAAAUAGAAAUACAUUUAGAAAAACAGUAGAGGAAAUGGUUUAAAAAAAUUAUGAAUCAAAUAGAAAUUUUAUGGAAUAAGUUAAUUUUUUUAGAUAACUGAAUAAUGAAUAAAAAAAUAGUAUAGCUUCAAGACUUAUUACCACAAAAUAUGAAAAAAAUGAAUACAUUUUUAAUUAAGGAGACAAUGCAGAUUCAUUUUUUAUGAUUAAAGAAGGAAUUGUAUCGAUUUGGUUAGGAAAUAAGGAAAUCAGAAAACUUGGAAAAGGAGACUCUUUUAGGGAAUAGGCUCUUUAUUUAAGUGGAAAAAGAGCUGCAUCAGUACUAGCGGAAGAAUAAGUUUAUUUAUUAUCAUUAGGAAGGGAAAAUUUGACUAAGAUUUUAGGUGAUAAAAUAUAAAUUAUUAUUUUUAAUAAUAUUGUAAGAUGGAGUUUUGCAAAAUCAUAAUUAUUAAAAUAAUUAACACAUAUAUAAAUUGAAAAAAUAACAAAUAAUUGCAAAAUUACAAACUAUUAAUAAGGAUAAAUUAUUUAUUCGAAAGGGUAGGUUUGUGAUUAAUUAAUUAUUGUUUUAGAAGGAAGCUUAAUUAAUUCUAAAGGGAAAUAAAUAGCAACAAAGGGAUAGCUUUAUGGGGAUAUAUUUUUAAAAGAAUAAAAUUAAAAUAUUGCUUUUGAAUAUGAUAUUUUUAUGGUUUUAAGCGUCAUUUAAUUUAAUAAUUUAAAAAAAUUUAUUGGUGGAGAAAUUGAAAAUGUUAUUAAAUUAAAUGAAUAUUCACAUGAAAAAUAAAUGUCUGAACUUUAAUAAAAGAAAGAUUUUUCGCAUAUUCUUAUUGAAAAUCUUAUAUAUAUUAAAAAGCUAGGACAAGGAUAAUUUGGUCAUGUUUAUUUAGUUUAAAAUAAAGAUAAUUUAGAUUUAUAUGCUUUAAAAUAAAUAUAAAAGUCCUAAAUAGUAGAACAAACACUUGAAAAUCAUAUAAUUUAAGAAAAAUAAGUACUUGAGAAUACUAAUUUUCGUUUCAUAAUGUAAUUUUUGAGAACGUAUAAAGACAAUAAUAAUAUAUAUUUUUUAGUCUAGUUUAUUUGUGGAAUGGAACUGUUUGAUGUAAUAAGAGAUAUUUAACUUCUUUCCACAUAUGAUAGUUAAUUUUACAUAGGAACAUUGAUAUUAUGUUUAGAAUAUUUACAUUCAAGAAACAUUAUCUAUAGAGAUUUAAAACCAGAAAAUAUUAUGGUUGAUUAAAAUGGAAUAAUGUAUUUAAUUGAUUUAGGCACUGCUAAAAUAUUAAAACAAUAAAAUAGUCGUACUUUUUCUAUUAUUGGAACUCCACAUUAUAUGGCUCCUGAAAUAAUUGUUGGUAAAGGAUAUUCAUUUUCAGUUGAUUUAUGGAGUUUAGGUAUUUGUCUCUAUGAGUUUUUAUGUGGCGGGCUUCCUUUUGCGGAAGAUUUGGAUGAUGCUUAUGAAAUUUAUGAGGAAAUAAUUAAAAAUAACUUAAUUUUUCCGCCUGAAAUUAAAGAUAGGAAUGCUAAAAGAAUUAUUGAAUAAUUAUUAAGUUAAUUUCCUGAAUUGAGGCUUGGUGGAAGUUAUGCGGCUUUAAAAGCUCAUCCGUGGUUCGAUACAAUUUCUUGGGAUGAUUUAUAUAAUAUGAAAUUAUAACCACCUUAUAUACCACCAAAAGAUAGGAUUGUGAACUUAAAUGAAAUUAAUAAUUUGGCAAGUAAAGGGAAAAUGGUAAUGGCGGAAAUUAAGAAAGAAAUAAAAAGUAAUUAAAAAUAAUUAUUUACAAAAAUUCCAGGUUGGGAUUAAAAUUUUUGA